AUCAAUCAUUAUCGUGGUGGUCACUAACAUCAACUUCAUUAUUAUCGAUUCAUCAUAACAUAAGAAGCCUCUCUCUACUUCGUAUCGCUGAGAUCUCUCUCCUUACGCCUCCUCCUUCGCUACUUUCGUGUUUUGUUUGCAAUCGCCGUCUCCGGUACGGAUCUUACUACAAUAUCAUGGAAGGGAACUUCUUCAGGUUUGAUGCACAACGAGCAAAUGGUGAUGGGUUUGUACUGACACAAAAGCCGAGCCUCAGCACGGUUCCAACGGAAGUUAACUCUGAGGAAAGUGGGUGUUUUGAUUGCAACAUCUGUUUAGAGACUGCACAUGAUCCGGUUGUGACUCUUUGUGGUCAUCUUUUUUGCUGGCCUUGCAUCUACAGAUGGUUAGAUGUGCAGAAAUCAUCUUCACUCUCAAUUAUUCAGCAGCAAAACUGUCCUGUUUGCAAAUCUAACAUCUCGAUUGGUUCGUUGGUUCCUCUUUACGGAAGAGGCAUGUCUUCUUCAUCUUCUUCUGAAGCUAUACCUCAAAGACCCGCUUCAUCCCCUUUGAACAAUCUGAUCAGUUCAACUUCGUCUCUCAACCCGAGCUUGCAACAUCGCCUUCAGGCUCAGUCUCCUCGUCAUUAUGGUGGCUUCACUGCGACAGAAUCAUCAAAUGAUCUUGCAAAUGCAGUCAUGAUGAGUUUCUUGUACCCGGUUAUUGGAAUGUUUGGGGACAUGGUGCAUACGAGGAUAUUUGGAACGUUUACAAACACUUUGGCUCAUCCUUACCGAAACUCCCGACUCAUCAAUGGGAACAACAGCCAGAGGAUGAUGCAGCUAGAGAAGUCUCUACAUCGGGUAUCCAUCUUCUUCCUUUGCUGCAUUCUCCUCUGUCUCUUUUUGUUCUGAGUCAGUUCUUGUUUGUUCUUCUAGCUCUCGUUUUUUUGUACAGUAUGUGAUGAUUUAAAUAGCUUUGCUUGGUCUUGAGCUGUAUAAGCCAUUGUUUGUCCCUGUUGUAUUUGCCUAAAACUAUCCAUACAUUUAUACAUACAGUUGUGCAUGUAUCUCCUCGGCUUGAACUAUAUGUAUGCUCCAGAAACAGAUAUAUGAUAUGUAUGGAUGAUGAUAUGUAUGAGCAUGUGUCAUUUUUCAAA